UAUGGUAGAGAAGAUAAAUGGGUCCUUUUUGGUUUAUUCAGGCUGAAAUUCAAACAGAGAGGCAGAGGAUCCUCCUCUUGGAUACAUCAAAAUCGCCAGUUGAAUCAAUACGUGCAGGGGGUCGAUAUGAUUUUAUUGUGGAACAUGAUGUGAAGGAACUUGGAGCUCACACACUGGUGUGUACUGCACUGUACAAUGAUGGUGAUGGUGAGAGAAAAUAUCUUCCACAGUUUUUCAAGUUCAUUGUUUCGAAUCCGCUAUCAGUUCGGACAAAGAUUUAUCUAUGUGGUUUUGCAUUCCAAACUGAAUAUAAUAUGUUUCUUUCUGCUGUGCGGGUCCACGCUGUCAAGGUAGGUUGAGAUUGAUUAGACAAAGUGUAAGUUAAGGAAACCUAGAUAUGCAACUCGCUGUUUUUACAUCUUCUUCAUGAUAACUAUACUUAAAAUGCAUGUAAACAAGAGCAGCAAUUUUCUUAAGAGGAAGUUCUUCUAGCUUUUGUAUCCGGCAUGUCUAUAAUAAUCAUGGUAAGGCAAUUUUAAUAAAUGAAGUUGAUAUAAAAUCAAUGCCAGAACUUUCCUCUCACAUUUUUUUUUUCUUUGCUUUUUCAUAUUUCUAAAUGGUGCUCCAUUGGCGAGUUACUUUUAUCUAUUUGUUUCCUGCUUACAACUUUCAAAAUUAUUUAUAUUCCUAGACAAGGCCAUGCCUGUCACCCUUUUUUCUCGUUUUGAUUUGUAUGGUAUGUGUAUUGACAUUAGCUUGUAAUUUUUUUUAAUUGGAGUUUUGAUAUUUGUUGGAAUUACAAUCUGUUUGAGGAUAGAAAUCCAUUUCCAGAUCUGGUUGACCCUGUGUUAAUAAUGAUAAAAAUUUUCA